AUGGGGCGGCUCUGGUCUUCUCCCGGUUUGGCCAUUGAAUAUGCCGAUCGAGCCAUUUUACAGCUAAAGGAUAAAAAGAACAACUUCCUCUCAUACUGGCGUGUUCUCCAGGAUCCGAAAUAUGAAAAGCCAGCCUCGUGGGACGAUAAUUUCGAUCGAGCCCUCAAACGCGCCCACAUUGUUUUGCAGAAUCAUAAAGCCGAAGCAGACAGCAAGAAAGAAGAAAUGGCGGACCUUGUCAAGGAUCUGACAGCUUUUAUGAUGAAUACGAGCGCGAAUAAAGAGAACGUUGACAGUCUUAAUCAACGGUAUAAUAAGACCAAGCUCAAGAAAGAGGGCAAGGAGUACAACAGUUACAUUGAAUACCUUGACUCGGAUGUAGCAGCCGCAACCGCACAAAUUAUUUCGUUUGAAGAGCAAAUGCAGAAGGAUAGAAAGGUCAUUCGUGACUCUGAGGAAGAUCAAAUGAAAUGGUUUUGGGUCCCUUUUUGGGGCUGGAGCAACUCGAUUCAGAUGUCGGAGAAGGUUGAAAAGGCCACCAAGACCUUCGAAGAAACAAGAACGAAGCUCAUCGGGCGAGGUGGUAAGACGAUGCAGGUCACGCGUCUCAUCAGUAUUCUCAGGCCCCUGUGCAAUCAGUUCGAUGAUCUAAUUGGGAAGAUGGGGACUGCGAUUACUGCUCUCAACGAAACGGUCGAACUCUUUGGUUCUCAGGCCAGCAACUACAGUUCUAUUAUCACUUCAUUGAGAGAUAUGAAAACCGGAGUGGAGUCUGGGGACUUUGAUAUGCGUGAUAUGAACAUCGAGGACGGAAUCGAGCAGGCGGUGGAAUCGUUUACCAAGGUCAAAAUGCUGGCUGAGGAGUUUCGGAAGACCGCUCUUCUUACUGUACAGGAAGGUGAAGGCGAUAAAACUUUGAAAUAG